CCCGCCUGGUCUCACCGCGCCUAGCGAGGGCAUCGAGGGCGGUGCAGGCGGGGACCGCGGCAGCCCCUGCGAGAGAGAGUGGGUUGGGGUUAGCUGCUGCGGGCAGCUCGGCGUGGGGAGUUGUGGGCGGCCGCCGCCCUCCCUCCUCUACGAUGCCGGGGAUCGACAAGCUGCCCAUCGAAGAGACGCUGGAAGACAGCCCGCAGACGAGGUCUUUACUGGGUGUAUUUGAAGAAGAUGCUACAGCUAUUUCCAAUUAUAUGAACCAGUUGUAUCAAGCUAUGCAUCGGAUUUAUGAUGCACAGAAUGAAUUGAGUGCAGCAACACAUCUGACUUCAAAACUUUUAAAAGAAUAUGAAAAACAGCGUUUUCCAUUGGGGGGCGAUGAUGAAGUUAUGAGCUCUACUUUGCAACAGUUUUCAAAAGUUAUAGAUGAGCUUAGCUCUUGUCAUGCGGUACUUUCAACACAGCUUGCUGAUGCCAUGAUGUUCCCCAUUACUCAGUUUAAAGAAAGAGAUCUGAAAGAAAUAUUGACAUUAAAGGAAGUGUUUCAGAUUGCUAGUAAUGAUCAUGAUGCUGCAAUUAAUAGAUAUAGCAGAUUGUCAAAAAAAAGAGAAAAUGACAAGGUGAAGUAUGAAGUAAUAGAAGAUGUCUACACUUCCAGAAAAAAACAACACCAGACCAUGAUGCAUUAUUUUUGUGCAUUAAAUACUCUUCAGUACAAAAAGAAAAUAGCAUUGUUAGAACCUCUGCUUGGGUACAUGCAAGCUCAGAUAAGUUUCUUUAAGAUGGGUUCUGAAAAUCUCAAUGAACAACUGGAAGAAUUCUUAACUAAUAUUGGGACAAGUGUACAAAAUGUUCGCAGGGAAAUGGACAGUGAUGUAGAGACCAUGCAGCAGACAAUAGAAGAUUUGGAAGUAGCCAGUGAUCCUUUAUAUGUGCCUGACCCAGAUCCCACGAAAUUUCCUGUUAAUCGAAACUUAACCCGAAAGGCUGGGUAUCUUAAUGCUAGGAAUAAAACAGGCUUGGUGUCAUCUACCUGGGACAGACAGUUUUACUUCACUCAGGGUGGAAACUUAAUGAGUCAGGCCCGUGGGGAUGUAGCAGGAGGCCUGGCCAUGGACAUAGACAACUGCUCAGUAAUGGCUGUGGACUGUGAAGACAGGCGGUACUGUUUUCAGAUCACUUCUUUUGAUGGAAAAAAAUCUUCCAUUUUGCAAGCAGAGAGUAAAAAAGACCAUGAAGAGUGGAUCUGUACAAUAAACAACAUAUCUAAACAAAUAUAUUUAAGUGAAAAUCCAGAGGAAAUUGCUGCACGAGUAAAUCAGUCAGCUUUGGAAGCUGUCACUCCUUCCCCAUCUUUCCAACAGAGGCAUGAAAGCCUACGGCCAGCAGGACAAUCUCGACCACCGACCGCUCGAACCAGCAGUUCGGGAUCCUUAGGAUCUGAGUCCACAAACUUGGCUGCCCUUUCUCUAGAUUCUCUUGUUGCCCCAGACACCCCAAUACAGUUUGACAUUAUUUCUCCUGUGUGUGAAGAUCAGCCUGGCCAGGUGAAAGCCUCUGGUCAAGGAGGCAGGCGUACAAAUCCAUUUGGAGAAUCUGGAGGAGGUACAAAAUCUGAAACUGAAGAUUCUAUUCUUCAUCAGUUAUUUAUUGUUCGAUUCCUUGGUUCCAUGGAGGUGAAAUCAGAUGACAAUCCAGAUGUUGUUUAUGAAACAAUGCGCCAAAUCUUAGCUGCCCGGGCCAUCCAUAACAUCUUUCGUAUGACAGAGUCACAUUUAUUAGUCACUUGUGAUUGUUUAAAGUUAAUUGAUCCACAGACACAAGUUACAAGGCUCACAUUUCCAUUACCCAGUGUAGUUUUGUAUGCUACACACCAGGAAAAUAAGAGGCUUUUUGGAUUUGUUCUUCGGACAUCUGGAAGGAGAAGUGAAAGUAAUCUGUCAUCUGUCUGCUAUAUCUUUGAAUCAAAUAAUGAGGGGGAAAAGAUUUGUGAUUCUGUUGGACUAGCAAAACAGAUAGCUUUGCAUGCAGAACUGGAUCGUAAGGCAUCAGAAAAACAAAAAGAAAUAGAGAGAGUAAAAGAGAAGCAACAGAAAGAACUCAGUAAACAAAAACAAAUUGAAAAGGACUUAGAAGAACAAAGUCGGUUGAUAGCUGCUUCCAGUAGACCAAACCAAGCAAGUAGUGAGGGGCAGUUUGUUGUCCUUAGCAGUAGCCAGUCAGAAGACAGUGAUUUGGGAGAAGAAGGGAAGAAGAGAGAGUCAGAAGCAUAAAUUUACCCUUUUGGUUGAUAAUUCCCCCCUUGGAAUUUAUUGACAAUUUCUGUGGUGAAAUGGCACAAGGUAACAACUAUGUUGAAAUAUCAAGGAGGAGACAAAGUUUAUAUUUGCUUGUUUGUUUUAACUUCAUUUUAAGAAAUAAGAUUGACCUCGAUGAUUUAGGUUUGCAUUGAUUUUUUUCUCAAAAAUAAUAUACUGUGCAGUAACAUCAAAUUCCACAUGUAUAAAAAGAAACCUGUUUAUCUUACUGAAUUAGAUUGCUGAGGGAUUACACUUGCUCAAGCCUUUUUUUCUUCAAAUUGUGAAUUUAUUAUCUUGCAUUGUAAUUUGCUACGACUUUAAGAAAUCAUUUAUUCUUCAGCUUCAGAUAUUCAUGGUUACGCUCCCUCUCUUUUAUUAGGAACAUUUUGUUGGCAGUGAGGAAGCUUCUCACUGAAUAGGUUCAAAAUUCUUUAUACAGAUAAUUCAAGUUUGCAAAUAUUUUAACAAUAUUAAAUGUGCAAUAGAACUUUUAUAAAAUAAUUAGAACAGAGAUUUUAGACUUAAAGUUUUAAAUUGUGGCAGGUGGUACUGUUGAUUUCAGGGCACUUUCUUGGAUUGCUCACAUUUCUCUGAUGUACUACACCUGAUGCCAAUGGAAAAGAGCUUAAGUGUCUUCAGUUCAAUAUUGAUAUAGCCCUUGACAUUUUAAUAUUACAUUCUUAGUUCUCAGGUUGGAACUUGAAUUAUUGCUGCAGAGCAGUAAUGGUUAAAAUAAGAUUUUAGAAUUUAUUAAAAGGGAUUUUUUUUUUGUUUAAACACAUUUUAGAUUAGGACUUAACAUGUAAAGAUAUUGUUACAGGAUAAUACAUUGUAUUUUCUGCAUUGAGUGAAAUAGUUUUUAUUGAAAAUCAAGUGACAUUUCAAAAGAAGUUCUAUAACAAUUGUUUUCUGCUUAAAGUAAAAAUUCCCAGAGAUUUGUUUAGAAAAUCUUUUAAAUUUCAGACUGAUACCCCUAGUAUUUUCAUAAUCCCAUGUUUUGAUAAAAUACUGAUCACUACUUUAUAUCCACAAAAGCAAAUAACUAAUAUAUGGUAAUAGAAUAAUUUGCACUAAUUAUUAUAAAUACUUGUACUCUUCAAAUGAGCGAAAGGUCUAAUUCCAUGAAAGAUUGAAGAGAAAUUGAAUGCUUGGUAUAGGAGAAUUGACCAAGGAAGGAAUUUAGGUUGGUGUUAAGUUAAAAUGACAUUUCUCUACUGCCUACUUGUAUGCCAAAACUUGAUUUUUUUCCCUUUCCCCAAUUUAAGAUUGCUUAUAGAAAUUAUAUUCCUGUGUUUCACAUGUAGAAGUAUAUAUAGACAAGUUAAAUAUAUCGAAUAAACUAUUUUACAUAGUCAUACAUUUAAAUUUUUAAGAGAUUAGUUACUAAAAUUAAUUUUACAAGAGAAAAAGCCUUUUCUUAAUAUAUAUACAGUUUUUCUUCUUAGUUCUGAAUUAGAAAUGGUAUCUGUUUUAGUGCUCACAAUGUAGUGUGGCUGUUUCACACUGUAUGUACACUAUUUUCUGUAGGAAUGGGAUAGGUAGUUAUAUAUAGGACCAUGAUAUUCUUUUUAUCUAUGUGCCAAAUGGGAAUAAUGAUUACUUGAUAAUCAUUAUUUUGAAGCCUUAUGUUACCAAAAUAUUUAGUGAAAAAGUGGAAAUUUAUGGAAUACUUUUUGAAAAAAGUUUAUUUUGUGCUUACACUAAAGGGAAUACUUUCACAAUAGCUUGUGUAUUGUUCCUUUUAUGGAAGUUGAAAUUCUGUGGUCAGCACUUGAUUAGUCAUGGCAAGUUAUGCUUUUGAGGCCUUUUCGAAAAUUAGUAAGCUUUCUGUUUGUCUUUUGUUUAGAUUAUUAAAAUUGUCACUUCACUUAGCUCCGAUGAAACAUGUCACCCUACAAGGGAGGUAGUCAGCAUUAGGAGGCAGUUUUACUAGGCUGGUGCUUUAUAUGGUAGCGAAGUGCUACCCUUUGUUAGCACUCUGUGUCAAAGUGCAGGCUAGAGUUAAGGGUAUUGGCAGAUGUAGGGAUGCUGGACAGACUUAUAGUUCCUUUUAAGUUAUGUUUUAAUAGGAAUUUCCACAAUAACACACCCAUGUCCAUAGGUCAGGCCAAAGUGCAUUCCAACACCACACAGAAGUAGGUGUGGGUUUAAUAAUUUUAGAUGACUCACCUUCUGUUCCUUACUACAGUGCUAUAUGAACUAUUCCAUCACUGCAAAUAUUUAAGCAUCAACUUUAAUAAACUCUCCUUUUUAUUUAAAGAAGGCUACCCAUGGGUUUCUGCGUGACGUUAAAGCUGAUCUUUGUUAUCCUGUGAAGUGUCUUUUAGCUCUGAGAUGGUUUGGUGUUAACUGAAUUAGAUUUUGGGAUCUCUUUCUCAGAUUCAAACUUACACUUAAUGUUUUUUGGGUUUUUUUUUUUUUUUUUUUAGAAAUUAACAAAACUGAUUCUUUAAAGAAAUUAAGUCUACCUAAUUCUGCUAUGCACUCUGCUAAGGGUGAACAGUACUUUUGUAACUAUAGUAAUGAAGUCAACAGAUUGGAAACAAGUUAUUCUUUCUCUCUUUUCAAAAUUUUCAAAAACUUGCUAAUAAGGGAUUGAAACUGUUAUCCUCAAAGUCAGUCUAGUUUUUGCAGUAUCUGUAAUGAUUGCUUUGUGUUUAAUUUCAAAAGAAUUCUCAGGCUCUAUAGUCAUGGAGUGGUAGAUUUAUUUUACCUUUAUGCUUGGUGUGCAUAACAUUUUAUGUAACAUAUAAUCUUGUGUGGUAAAGGCAUGGGAGUUAAUUUUGACAUAUAUGGGAACUCGAAGUAUUUAAAAUUUAACUCUUUUUAUAAGAUAGACAGACCCUAUUGAGCCCAUGUAUUAGAAAACCUUCUGCCACCUGAAUUAAUAAAAUGAAAAUAUUAACAUAGGUUUUGAUAACAACCUUCUAGCAUUCAGACUAUACUUUAAAUAUUCAAACAUACAGUAGCAAGCAAGCCUUUCAUUUUAUUUUUGGCAAGUUUGGCUUACUCCUUCAUGAGAUUUUGUUCUACAUUAAUAAAUAAUACAUAAAAAUUUGAAACUGGAACUAUAUUAUACUUUUUAACCAAUCUCUUUCAGCUAUAUUAAUAUGUAAUUUACUUCAGUUAAUAUGAGAACUGGGGAUUAAGUUAUAACUAAUGUGCAAAACUGCUUUGUAUAUUUGGUGAUUUUGUAAUGUAAGUGAAUUGGUUAAUUCUUAUUUCACUAGUACUAUUAAUUAUGCAGUAAACAAUUAAAAAUCAUGCUACAUUUACCUUUAGAAUUGGAUUUGAAGAACUCAACUUUAUGUAAUGGUGGUAUACAUGUGGGGUGGAGAAUUUAUUUUUUCAUUUUGUCAAAAUAGAUAUUCCCUGACAAGGUUUCAGGAAAUAUGCUGUUAGGAGACUUUUAAUGUAUAAUAAAGUCUAUGAUUUUUCUACAGUCAUUUUUGUAUGAAAUAUUUGACAGCUAUUCUGAAUUUUAUUUCUCCAAGUAAUUUCAAAUGAUGCUUAUAAACAAUUGAACUUUUUCUUAA